GAAAAGAAAAUCAUUCCACAAUUUUCUGGGUCCUUCAUCAUUUCUGAUGAGAAGCCAGAUGUCACUCUUACAGGAAGACAACUUUCAAAUGUGCUGUUGUUCCACGAGACUGAAAGUCGUGGAAGCAUAACUUGUGGCAUAGGUGUUUUUUGAGGAAGCAGCCAUUUAUGAUUCUGGAAGAUUAAGGCAAGAGAGGAAGCCCCAUCUGAGAUUUUAACCAACCUUUCAAACAGCAGACUACACCAUGGACACGAAGCUGGACCCUUCCAGAGAUGAUCUGCCUCUUAUGGCCAACACCAGCCACAUGCUUGUGAAGCACUAUGUGCUGGAUUUAGACGUGAACUUUGAAAGUCAGACCAUUGAGGGCACCAUAGUGCUUUUCUUUGAGGAUGGAAACCAAGUCAAGAAACAAACUAGUUCCACCAAGGAAAUCUGCCAAUUGGAGUCAAAUGAAGCCUGCACAUUUAGGACACCUGAGCCCUGCCAUAUUCCUGCAACAAAUGCAAGGACCGACUCAUCUAAAUUGGGAUAUAAUGAUUUUGCAAUCUGUGAUAAAGGUGAAAAAGAUACUUUUGAUAAAGAUGGUAACCAUGACAACCAGGAACAGGCUUCUGGUAUCUCUAGCUCAGAGUACUGCUGUGACACAAGGAACCAUGGGAGAGAGGAUUUUUUGCUGGUGUUGGACUGCUGCGAUUUGUCUGUGUUAAAGGUUGAGGAGGUGGAUGUUGCUGCUGUGCCAGGUAUUGAAAAAUUUACAAGGUCUUCCAAGCUCUCGGUUAUUUCUGAGGAGCUCAGGAAUGAGGUUGUUGGUGAACUUGUGACUCUGCCUGCGGAUCGUUGGAGGGAGCAGCUGGAUUAUUAUGCUCGCUGUGGCCAGGCUCCUGGCUGUGGGGAACUGUUCUUUGACACUGAUACUUGGAGCUUACAGAUCAGGAAGCCAGGGGCUCUGACGGCUUCUGAGUUCCCUCAUGCCAUCAGGAUAUGGUACAAGACCAAACCUGAGGGGCGGUCAGUUGCUUGGACCUCAGACCAGAGUGGCAGGCCAUGUGUUUAUACUGUGGGAUCUCCCAUAAACAACAGGGCCCUUUUUCCGUGCCAGGAGCCACCCGUUGCCAUGUCAACAUGGCAGGCUACAGUUCGAGCAGCUGCAUCUUUUGUUGUUUUAAUGAGUGGGGAAAAUUCUGCCAAGCCAGCACAGCUUCGGGAAGGGUGCUCAAGCUGGCAUUACUACGUAACCAUGCCGAUGCCCGCUGCCACCCUCACGAUUGCGGUGGGAUGCUGGACAGAAAUAAAGCUGGAGAAGGAUCUGGUGACAGAACGACCCUUCUCAUCUUCCGAGGCCACCUUCAGGUGUGCUGGUGUUUGUGGUCACGUGGAAUACCCCUGCCGUUUCCAGAAUGCCUCUGCCACUGCCCAGGAGGUCAUUCCUCACCGAGUCUUUGCCCCGAUGUGCCUCCGGGAUGUCUGCCAAGAGACCCUUCUGCCUCUGAUCCCUCCUUGCCUCUCAGCUGCGCACUCUGUCCUAGGAACACACCCGUUCUCCCGGCUGGAUAUACUCAUUGUCCCUGCUAACUUUUCAAGUCUGGGGAUGGCCAGCCCACACAUCAUCUUCCUCUCUCAGAGCACCCUGACAGGCAUGAACCACCUCUGUGGAACGCGUCUCUGCCAUGAAAUUGCUCAUGCCUGGUUUGGCCUUGCCAUCGGGGCCCGGGACUGGACAGAGGAGUGGCUCAGCGAAGGCUUCGCCACUCACUUGGAAGAUGUGUUCUGGACCAAAGCGCAGCAGCUGUCACCCCACGAGGCCCAGGAGCAACAGGAGCUGAGAGCCUGCCUGCGCUGGCGUCGCCUCCAGGACGAGCUGCGGAACUCCCCGGAGGAGAUGCAGGUGUUGAGACCCAGUAAAGAGAAAACUGGCCAGGUGAGCGACUCGGGAGCAUCUGUGGUCAAACAUGGACUCAACCCUGAGAAGAUCUUCAUGCAGGUUCAUUAUCUAAAGGGCUACUUUCUUCUUCGGUUCCUUGCCAAAAGACUUGGAAGUGAAACCUACUUUUCAUUUUUAAGAAAAUUUGUGCACACGUUUCAUGGACAGUUGAUUCUCUCCCAGGAUUUCCUUCAAAUGCUGCUGGAGAGCAUCCCAGAAGAAAAAAGGCAGGAUCUAUCUGUUGAAAACAUCUUCCGAGACUGGCUUGAGAGUUCUGGAAUGCCAAAGCUCCUUCCAGACCAGCUGGUCUUGCUUCUAGAGCAUCUCUUGGAGCAGAAGACUUUGAAGCCCCAAACUCUGCAGAGCCUCCAGAGGACAUACCGCCUCCAGGAGCAGGAUGCAGAGGUCCGCCACCGGUGGUGCGAGCUCGUGGUGAAGCACAGGCACGCCCAGGCGCACAGGCACGUGGAGAGGUUCCUUCUGGAGGACCAGGCCAUGGGCGUGUACCUGUAUGGGGAGCUGAUGGUGAGCGAGGAUGCCCGGCAGCAGCAGCUGGCCCGCAGGUGCUUCGAGCUGGCCAAGGUGCAGAUGGAUAGACCCUCAGCCGACGUGGUGGCCCAGAUGCUGUUCUAAAGAGCCGCUGGUGGACAUGGCGCGAGCUCCAGCCGAGGCACUGCUUCUCCGGGCUGUCAGUUGGACCCGCCCUCCGGUGCCUACUGAGCUGAUAUCAGUUCUCAUUUUACACACUGGCUCAGUUCAGCAGGAACAGGAGUCGAGCCCUUGAGCAAAAGCCUUCCCGUUUGUAAGUGCCCGCAGCUCACACCAGGUGGGACGUCCACUCACACGGACACGGGCCUGAGCGGCCAGCAGCAGACCCCAGCGGCCAGCGUGGUGUCCAUCUGUAUGUGCUCCCAUGGUGUGGGGGUUUGUAGAUCGUGGAGCUGGCGACCCCCAGGAUUGUGCUCCCACUCCUCAGGGCAGAUGGGCUGGUGCCAGGGCCUGUGACCGCCCGGUGUGUGAGGGAGGCAGGGCCACCUCUCGCCAGGCGGCUUAGGCUUCCCAAAGCCUCUGGUGGACACGGGUCUGAGGGGAGCGCUCUUCCUGGGGUCCGCCUGGUAGAGCCAGGUGUGAGGGCAGGGGUGGCGCACAGUGCCACCGUCAGCCACUCCCGGGGCGUAAGAUGGGGCCUGGCCUCAUCCUGUCCUCCGGACGCAGAGCCGAGGCCCACAAAGGUGCUAUUUAGCAGGAAUCCCUCCCUGGGACCGGGUAAUAAACUUACUGCUGUUUCUUUUGCAGGAAAGAUCACAGGUUCUCUGACACGUCUCCUCCCAGACCUGGUGGGACCAGGAUCGCCUUGACCCUGGACGUCAAAGGAGGGGCUGGGGGCUGCUAAAGCCGUCAGUCGACAACACUGUGCAUCUCGCCGCACCUGAGUCCAUGCAGUGGGGGGUGCUUUGGGACACAGUCCCCACCUUCGAGGUGUGGAGUCUGCGUGGCAGUGCUGGGUCUCGGGGCCUCUU